UGAGGUGUAUGAAUACACCAAGUGUCUGGUGAAAGAUAUUUGCUACUUGGGUGAUAAAGUAACAACGGCUCCCCAAACAUAUACACAUUUUGCUGCUGCAUUUAUUUCUAGAAGGUGUUACCCCUCUCGUAAAACAGUUGCAAAAAAAACAAAUCUGCAAACUCAUAUGCUGCAAAAUAAAACGAUGCCUGCUGAUAUUUUAGCUGUUCAAAAGUUUAGGGAAUACAUAAGGAUAAAAACCGUUCACCCAAAUCCAGAUUACAAAAGUGCAAUUGCGUUUUUGGACAACUAUGGAAACGAGCUUGGCCUGAAAAACCAGCACAUUAAGAUCUAUGAUGAAAACCACACGGUUGUGAUUUUAACUUGGAAAGGAAAGAAUUCUGAUUUACCUUCAGUUUUGUUGAAUUCACACACGGAUGUUGUUCCUGUUUAUCAGGAACAUUGGAAACACGAUGCUUUUGCUGCGAUCAAGGAUGACAACGGGAAUAUUUAUGGCAGGGGAACACAAGACAUGAAGUGUGUGGGGAUCCAGUAUUUAGAAGCAAUACGUGAGCUUAAGAAGCAAGGGGUUCAACUUAAGAGGGAUGUCCAUCUAUCAUUUGUACCAGAUGAGGAAAUAGGGGGUGGUAACGGGAUGUGUUUGUUGCUGAAAACCGAGGAAUUCAAAUCAUUGAACGUUGGAGUUGCGUUAGAUGAAGGAUUGGCUUGCGAUGAUGAUUGUUAUCGUGCUUAUUGUGGUGAAAGAUCCCCCUGGUGGUUGCGAGUAGUGUGUAAGGGGAAUCCCGGGCAUGGAUCCAGAUUCAUAGAAAACACAGCGGCUGAAAAAUUGAAUUUUAUGAUCACAAAAUUCCUUCAAUUUCGGUCGGAACAAAAGUCCCAGCUCGAUGAAAAUCACUCAUGCAUGCAACUUGGUGAUGUCACAACUGUUAACCUCACACAGCUUCAGGGUGGGAUAGCAAUGAACAUCGUUCCAGCUGAACUUUCGGCAACAUUUGACGUGAGAGUCCCUCCAAGUGUUGAUUUACAGAAAUUUGAAACAAACCUUCAAACGUGGUGUAAAGAAGCCGGCAGUGAUGUCACAAUCGAAUAUAUUCAGAAAAAUACCGACCAAUCAGUGACCUCAAAAGAAAAUAACCCUUGGUGGGAAGCGUUUUCAUUGGCUGUUUCAAAAUCGGGUGUAAAGCUGAAAUCUGAAAUCUUUUCUGGCGCUACUGAUAGCAGGUUCCUAAGGAAG